AGUUGUGUGAGUGGUAUGGUGAUGUGAGUGUGACCUAAUUCGCGCGUAACCUAAUUUUGCGCACGGUCAAAUAUCUCAUUAUCUAAUUAGUAUCUUGAAAAACUGAUAUCACCAACAGAAAGAGCGACCCAAAAUUACUUAGUAUGGUAAUUUUUUUUAAGGUAAGGUCUCAAAUUGUGAAAAUAUUGGCAAAACAUCAGCAAAUUUUGUUUAUUGUUACCUUUUGCGUCCGUUCCGAGAAAAUCUGAUAUUCUCGACAAGCAUCAAGAAAUCGCCAGUUUGCAAGCAGAGGUCUCCAAAUAAUAAGAAACUCAUCUGUCAACAUGGCAAUGAGAGAUCUUGUUGACGGGGAAUGUGGUACGGCCAACCCCUUGAUGCGUUUAACGUCUCACUUCACCCAAGACAAGUCUCUGCAUCAGGAGGGUCUCCAGCAUCUCCCAGGGCCAGGUGGGUUUGUGCAGGAGGCAAGACCCUUCCUUGAAGCUCCUGACCAAGAGUUGGUCAAUGAGUUCCUGUCUGAUCAGCAUCGCCAUGCCGGUCCACCUCAGACGUUCCGUAUGGAUGCCCUUCUUCAAGAAAUGCAGGAGAUUGAAGGCUUGCAUCACCGCCAAGCCCUAGCCCAAGCCCCAGGGGUAGCAGACCUUGCCUCCAGGGCAGACUGGGCUGCAGAAUUUCUUGAGGCAGAACAGAAGAGGGCAGAGGAAAUUGUUGAUGACACUGAUCUCAACUGGACAAAAGAUUUCUUGGACUCGCAAAGAGAAUCAGUGGGACCAGAUAUCAUACCCACAACUGAUACAAAAUGGGCAGAAGAAUAUCUGGAACAGACAGAGGAUAAACUAUGGACUGAUGAAUUCAAUAGCCAGACUGAAGAUGCUAGGUGGAUUGACGAGUUCAAAGGAGAGCAACAAUCACAAGAUGAACUUGCACAAACAGCUACUCAGCUCCUCGGCUCCAUGGAUGAUCCCAAGUUCCAGAGUUCAGAGUUUAUGAAAUUUAUCAAGAAGUUGAGUGAUGGUGACAUAACGGUAGAAGGGAAUGAGGUUCGGAAUAAAGACGGGUCAUCCACCGAUGCUACCGCGGAAUCGUGGUCUUCUGAAUUUGCAAAUCAGCAGGAGUACACAGCCGAGGAGUGGGCUCGGGACUUUGACCAGGAGAAGACGGUACCCGCGGACCAGGAAUUCUGGGAUAGAUUGCAGAAGGAAUGGGAGGAUAUGGGUAUGAAAGAAUCAAGGGAAGAACACCCGUGGCUGGAUGAGUUUCAUGCUGAUCAAACUGGUGACCAGCCAUAUUCAUUUGAGAGUGAAAACCAUCUUUUUGAUCAUCCUUCACCUUUUGAAGAAGGUCUCAAGAAAUUAAAAGAAGGAGAUCUUGCGAAUGCUGUCCUUCUCUUCGAAGCAGAAGUCCAGAAAAAUCCUUCUCAUGUUGAAGCAUGGCAGUAUCUCGGAACAACUCAAGCAGAAAAUGAGCAGGAACAAGCAGCAAUAUCGGCCUUAAGAAAAUGCUUAGAAUUGAGUCCAGCCAAUCCUUCAGCACUGAUGGCCCUAGCAGUGAGCUACACCAAUGAGGCUAUGCACAAUAAAGCAUUAGACAUUUUAAAACAGUGGAUCUCUUCAAAUUCCAAGUAUUCAGGUCUUGUCAAACCGGAGGGAGGUGAUCCAGAUGGUGCAACAGCUGCUCGACAUGAGUUGACAUCACCAAUGAUGUCCUUGUCACUACAUAAAAGUGUUCAAGAUAUGUAUAUAGAGGCUGCUAGGAAGUCACCGGAAGCUGUAGAUGCAGACAUCCAGAAUGGUUUAGGGGUACUCUUCAAUCUUUCUCAGGAGUAUGACAAAGCCGUUGACUGCUUUAAAUCUGCUCUCUCUGCCAGACCUGAGGAUGCCUUGCUAUGGAAUCGUCUCGGAGCAACGCUCGCCAACAGUGGGCGGAGCGAGGAGGCUGUAGAUGCCUACCAUAGAGCUCUGGAAAUUGCCCCUGGGUUUGUCCGAUCAAGAUAUAAUCUCGGUAUCAGCUGUGUCAACCUCGGUGCACACAAACAAGCUGUUGAGCACUUCCUCCAAGCGUUGAACCUUCAGCGCAGCGGCCACGGACCACAGGGCCAAAAGUCCCAGAUGUCAGAGAAUAUCUGGAGUACACUACGUAUGGCUGUAUCACUCAUGGGCAAGGUACAGUUAUACGAUGCUGCCGACAGACACGAUCUAGAUCUGCUCAAUAAUGAAUUCAGUGUUUCAAAGUGACUGGAGCAAUAUCCUCAAGUGCAUCCAUUUACCUCAGAACAUGGAACAUCCUUCAAAAGGUUGAUCCAUGAUUGGCGACAUUGCUGUGAAUGCUAUGAUUGCAUCCAUGCAGACUGUGUAAGGUCAUCAAUUCCAACACUUAACUGGUGGUUCUAAUCAACUAUUGCGCUAUUGGGUCGAUCGUCUCCACUGCAUGCACGUUUUGGAGAAUUUUACAUUGCCUUCAGGAAGAGUGAUUGAUUCAGAUGAAUUUCAGCUAUGGAAAGCCAAUGAAGCGUAAUUGAUGGGUCAUCUAUAGCAUACAGUACACUGUAUUCCUUAGCUCUCGAGAGACGAUGUGUAAUCAAGGAUGUGAUUGAUUGGGAUUAAUCAUAAGUAUGGAAAGACAAUGAAGCCUUGAUUGGUCAUCUAUAGCAUACCCAUUAUUCCUUAGCUCUUGACAGUCGAUGUACAACUAUGGAAAGCCAAUGAAGCCUUGAUUGGUCAUCUAUAGCAUACAGUAAACUGUAUUCCAUAGCUCUUGCGAGACGAUGUGUAAUCAAGGGUGCCGUUGAUUUUGAUUAAUCAUAACUAUGGAAAGCCAAUGAAGCCUUGAUUGGUCAUCUGUAGCAUACUCUUUAUUCCUUAGUAAUUUGAGAGUCAAUGUACAAUCAAGAAUGCGAUUGAUUCAGUCCAAAUAACUGAUUAAGUCUUGAUUUGUAAUAUCUCUAACAUAAUUUCAUUGACUAUUGAGAGAUACAUGUAUGUAUAGAUAACAAAUUAAAGAUCAAUGCCAGUUUUGGUAAUGAUUUUAAAAUGACUAUCCAAAACAAUGACCACCCAAAUGUCUGUAACAGUAUGCAUAAAUAAAUAAAAAAUUAUUCUGGAAGAAAUGUUUAAUUGCUGAAAAAUAAGCAUGGCAUCCCUGCUAGAUGCUGUGUCCUUGUCCAAGCAAUAAUAAUACACUCUCCAACAUCUGUGUUGGCAAUCUUCAUUGUCAUUGUUUUUCAGCUUUGAUUUCAAGAUUUCACAAAGUUCCGUUUAGUUAACUCUGCCAGGGUCCCGUAACACAAAGCUUAGCAGAACAUUUUUCUAUGAUUGAUUGCAUUGACUACAGUGUACUAUCAAUCGUGAAAAUCAAGCGUACAAUUAAUCACUAAUCUUUUUUUUGUGUUUAUUACGUGACCCUGAUCUAGAUCUAGGAUGAAAUAGUGACAAUUAAACUUGGGUUUACAUACUUUCUCAUUGUUUACGGUACUGCAUCUACAUUCAUUUGUAUUUAAUUUUGACUAUGGAAAUCCAGUAGAGCCUUUAUUGGUCAUGUACAUGUAUUUCAUACACUGUAUAAUAUACAGUAUAUAUACCAUUGCUUAAUUAAUGUUGUUGGUAUCUAGCAUCGAAUCGAGAAUGAUCAUUGACCUGAAAUGACUUGUGCAUGCUCUUGGAAUAAUCUUUAAAGCAUGCAUUGUAUAGUUGACAGUAUUACUCUACCUGUAAAUGGAAGUGUGAUGAUAUUCAUGAGUUAAUGUUAUAAUUUUUUUAUCUUGCCAAUCCUUUUCCAGCUACAUGUACAUAUGUUGUACAUGUACAAGAAAGCUUUGGUGCAAUUAUCAUUAUUUUUAUUGCUUUUGAUUAUUUGAUAAUGUCCAAUAUUAACCUUCUAUACUGCAAAGAGCAGUACAAUAUGCAUGUCGCUUGUAAUGUUUUCUAUAUUAAAAACUGCAUUGUUAAUUUUUCCAAAAUUAUUUUUAUAUUAUUGGGUGUUAAAUUAUGCUCAUUUAUGUUUAAUUUUUUUUUUUUUUUUUUGCAAUAAAUCAUUGGGGGGAGCUUAGAGUACUCUUAAAGUUUGUCUCAAUUGUUUUGUAGUAUCCCUGACAAAUAAGCAUUAAAAAUUGAUAUUUGACAUAUAUUUUUUAAAUGUUCCUUACAAUGUUUUUUUUUUCCCCUGCCAAACAAAGUUUGAAGGGCAUGUUUAGAAAUCAGUGUACGACAGGGCGGUCGGUCCGCUUCGAACUACUUCCUCAGGUUUUUAACCAAUUCUCAUGAAACGUGGCACACAUAUCGGUGUUGGGGUAAGGAUGUGCAAGACACAUUUUUUAUAUGGGUUGGAAAUUGUCUUGCCAUGGUAAUUAUGGCAAAAAUAAGGUAAAAAUCUUGAAAUUCAAACUAUACUUCCUCAGUUUUUAACCAAUUCUCAUAAAAUUUGGCACACAUUGGUCUUGAGGUAAAGAUGUGCAAGAUAUAAUGUUGUGUGUCAGAAAUCAUGUUACCAUGGUUACAAUGUAUAUGUCAAAAAUUAGGCAAAAAUCUUGCAGUUUGAACUACAUUGUACUCCAUCUGUUUUAACCGAAUCUCAUGAUUUUUAGCUCACAAAUUGGUCUUCGGGUAAAACUAUGCAAGACAUAUUUUGUCCAUGUGUUGGAAACGGUUGCCAUGGUAAUGGUAUAUGGGAGGGGUAUCAAUCACCCUCAGUUAAAAUUCUAUUUAUACCUUUUUUCAGUUUCUAUAAAAAUGAAAUUUGUUGGUGACACUUCUCUGAUCAUGAAGAAAACAAGAUUCUUAGAAGUACUGGUAAAAUCCAAACAAUCAUACAUUUACAGAUGUUAGCUUUAAAAUACAUUAAUUUGAAUUGGAUUUUUACAUGAUAACAUGUACUAUAGAUCUAUGAAAUUAUGUUUUUUCGAAACCAGGAAAUUGAUAAAGCACCCUGGUGUGAGAUUUUUGUGUUGCAAACAUAUCACACAAAGUGUUGUUUUAGGUUUUAAACUUGGCCGCAUACCAUUUGACAUAAGAUGCAGAACCCCUCUAGAUAUCCAAAUAGAGAAAAUAAUCAGGGUGUCUCUUUUCUGAUAGUAAUUUUUUUUUUUUACCAUAGGCCAAAGAACACUGUGGAGACACAAUAAGGUCCAUUUUAGAUUAUUUCUCUACUUUUUAACCCUAACUAGGCCGGGCUUUUUUGGCUGUUCUGUGGCUGGGGGGGGGGGGGGGGGUUGAUUCAACCCCCCCCUGAGAUCUCGGCCGCCGAUCGCGCGAGCGCCGCAAAAAAUUUUCACGCUGGUAGUGUGCGAUGUGAUCUAAAAGGCUGUAUGGUAAAAUUUUCCAAAAUAAUGAGAUUUUAUUUUAUGUGAAUUAAUUAUGCUAAUUUAUGCAUAAAUCAUACUUUUUGCUCUAAUUCACUAAAUAAAGCUCCUAGAAUGCUAAUUUUUGGUAACAAUAUUCUUUGUAGCAUUCUUAACAAUCGCAAUCGAAAAAACUUGGUUUGGAAAUCAAUUUCCUAUGUAUUUUAUUGUUUUAUGAAUUUCUUAUGUAUUUCAUUGUUUUUCAACCUUUUGUUUUUCUUUGUUUUUUUUUCACUAGAUUUAUUGCACAACCUUUUUGAAGCAUAAUUAUGCUAAAAUCAAUUGAUUUCAGCUAUUAAAAGCAAAAAUAAUCAUAUCUUUAUGAAGAAGAUGAGAAAACUCAAUUUGCAUUGACUUUGUACACAAAAUCACGUUUUGGAACAAUUUUUGGUCAGACAUGCACUUACAAAAUGUUGCGUAAUUUCGGAACCGCGUACCCGGGCGUCGCAAAUUUGGUCUGAAAAGAUGCGUGAGACUUAAAAGUAUAAACUCUGUGAGUGGUGCGGUAAAAAAAUUUCGCGCGGCGAAAUGAUCGCAGAAAAUGUUGAGGGGGGGGUUGAUUCAACCCCCCCGGUCAGUUUAGGGUUAAUGAUUAUAAGUGCCAUCAUUGAAAAUGUCAGUUUGAGAUACUUGCAGACUUUGUAGUGAUCUUAUUUUUUCCAAACAUCCAUAGAAAUAUACAUUUUUACCGUUUUUCCACAACAAUUUUAAAAUAUCUUUCUGACCUUAAAAAAAUUGUUACCAAGAUGAUUCCACUAGAUACUUAAAAUGUGGACCGACAGGGUCACUUUAAAACUAUGUGUAGUAUUACAGUACUUAUCAUGAGAAACUUUGUGGGAGUAUUAAAGUGAAUAGGUUUCAUAUAAAAUUUAUUGAUGCUUGAUAGUAUCGCGGGUUAUCUUACCGAUUAUACAUGUAUUUAUUAUUUUUUUCAUGCAUCUCAACAAGUGUAUAUGUUUGGUUUAAAAUGAAUUGCUAAAUGGAGUGCACACAAAUAAAAAAUCAGUGUUACAUUUUCAAAUACCCGACAAUAAUGCACAUGUAGCAUACAUGUAAUUACUCUUGCUUUAGCAGUGCACAAGAACAAAUGUAUAUUUUUAUGCACAUGUGCAUUAGGUUAAUGCAUGUUUUUUAAUGGUUUGUUGUAAUGUUUACAAAGCAGGGCUUCCAUUUUCAAAACAGAUGUAUGCUGCUUAAAUACCUUUCGUUUGAAUCUUGGAAAGAAAAGUACAAGUAAGGUAUACAUGUAAGUGUAGGUUAAUUUUGUUUAGAGGGUGGGUAACAUGCACAUUCAUGGACAUAAUGCUUCAUAUUCAUACAUGUAUGAAAGAUCAAUUCUUUAUGAUAAUAAUAAUUGACUAUUUACAUAGCACAAUAUCAAUCUACGACUGCUCAAAGUGGUUCAAAAUUAUUAUUACUUGGUCGCUGGAUUCAUAGCUUUUCUAGCAGCCUGUUAGGUGCUCACUUGCUACUAAACCAACCACAAUGACAGUUGUUUCCUACGGGUACACAAAUAGCACUUAUGUAGUAUUCAUAGUCAAGAAUGUUAUUACUUUUUUGCUCUAAUAGAUAAUUAUGGGUAUGACUUGCUCAAGUGUGUAUCCUACACACAGGUAUACAUUGUUUUAAUAGUAGUACCAUCAAAUACUGUGUUUUUUUAUGUUGAUGUGGAAACUACAUAACAUAUACAAUAAAAGAAAAAGAAUGGAUGGUACAAUUGUAAAUGUACAUGUUAUAUAUGUACAUUUAGAUGUACUGAUAUUUUCUCUUGAAUGUGAAAUGUAAUACAUGUACAUGUUUGUCACAUGUUUCUGUAAUAGUGGAGUUAAGGACCUUUUUUGUUACUCUUUUUGUGUUUUUCACAUUUUAUUUUCUUCUAUAUAAGUGUAUUUUCAACAUGCCUUUUGCUUUUAAAGUCUCACCAGUUGGUAUUAUGCUCAAAAUUUAUAUUUCAACAGUGUUGAAUAUAAUUGUAUACUUGAAGAAGUUACUGGUUAGGUAAAGUGCUAUGAUAGUCAUGAAAUUUGAUUAUUUUUUUACAUUUAAAGGUGCACAUGUACAUAGCAUUUGUUCUUGAAUAGUAUAUAUACUUUACUUCCUAUUUGUAAUAUCCUUUCCUUUUAUAUUUCCUUUGAUAUUUUCUUGAUGCUUAGUCUCAUCACCAACACUUCCCAUUAAACUAUUCUUCUUUACUGCCCUUUCUCACAUAUCCCUUUGAUUUUACCCAACUCCUCCUUGUUCUCUUAUCCAUCCUCCCCUUACCAACCUUCUCCCCGUUCUUUCUUUCACUCACGUUCUCUCUCAAUAGGCUCUUUUCUAUACCCCUUCUUUCUCCACUUUCUCUCCCUCUUCCUUUCCUAUAAGUGUCCGCACCUUCUCUCAUUCUUCCUCUUUCCCUUCACACCGAUAGCCUUUAUUGUCUCCACACCCCCUUCUUUCUACACCCUUUCCCCUCUCUCCCCCCCCCCUACUCUUUCCACCUGACUCUCCCUCUCUUGCACACUCAUUCUCUCUCUCUCCAGUCUCUACAUUCCCACCUUCUCUCUUCAUAACUCUCUCUCCCUCCCCACCCCCAUGCCUUUCUCUCUCUGUUAAGGCCCUUUCACAUCAUUCUGUGCAAGCCUGCAACUCACCUGCAACAAAGCUUUGACCAUGUUCAAAACUUUUGUGCAUGCAAAUCAGACUUGCGUGCGCAUCUGCGGGCAACUGCAUGUGAGAUACUGUCAAUCCUUACCUGCAGGUUUCAAAAAUAUUCACCCACAAGUCACAGGCAAGGCAUGCACGGAACAAUGUGACAGAGCCUACUUGUUCUGAUAUACAUGUAUGUACUUGUCCUUGUAUGGAUGUUUACUUUUUUGUGUGUGCAUAAUCAUGUCAUUUAUUUGUUGUAAUUAUGUUUGAUAUGGGAACUGAGAGAUAAUAUAUCAAAAUUAAAAUGAAAUUGAUCUGGAAUAGAAA